GGUGUAACUGCAGCAGAGGAGUGGAGAUCUAUGUUAUGUUAGUCGUGGAGAGGAGAGGACGCCCCUUAGGAUCAUUUUGGACAGAAGAAAACACACAGGCUGGCUCUGGCUGGAGGAUAAUCAAGAUCCUCCAGAUUCUACAAAUACACUCAGUCUGGUUUAUUGAGUCUAACGAAUUGAGCGGAAUAGAGACUACGUUUGGACCCAGGACUUAGAGUUAAACAUGGGAGACCAGCGUUCACUCCAGCCCCUCCUCCCCCUGCUGCUGCUCAUGCUGCUCCUUGCUAGAUUCUCCCAACUGUGGGCCUUCCCCUUCAGCCCGUCCCUUGACCUGGACGUCACUCCGAGGACAACUGUGUUUUCCAAAGGUCUGUUGGGAAGCACCCGUUUCACUGGCUCAUCAUGUAACUACAGCACCCUGCUGCUGGAAGAGGAAUCCGGUCUGCUGUACGUGGGAGGCAGAGGAGCUCUGUAUUCGCUCAACAUCUCCAACAUCUCCACACCUGCAAACCUCACAAUUGAUUGGGACGCUUCCCCAGAACAGAAGAAACAGUGUCUAAACAAAGGCAGAGACAAUAAGACGGAGUGCUACAAUCAUGUCCGCUUUCUGCAGCGGUACAAUGAGACUCACCUGUACGUCUGUGGAACAAACGCCUUCAGGCCUCUCUGUGCUUAUAUAGAUGCAGAGCGCUUCAGUUUCUCCUCUGGCUUUGAGGAGGGAAGAGAUAGGUGUCCAUAUGAUCCAGCCAAAGGAUAUACUGGCCUCCUUGUAGACGGCGAGAUGUUCACGGCCUCUCAGUACGAGUUCCGCAGUUCCCCAGACGUCCGCAGGAACUUCCCCUUCCCCACGCUCAGGACAGAGGAAGCCCCCACCAGGUGGCUUUUGGAGGCAGACUUUGUGGGUUCUGUGCUGUUGAAGGAGAGCAUCAACAGCUCUAUCGGUGACGACGACAAGAUAUACUUUUUUUUCACCGAGAGAAGCCAGGAGCAGAUUGCUUACCCAAGCCAGACCAAGGUGUCCAGAGUUGCUCGUGUCUGCAAGACUGACUGGGGUGGCCAGAGGACCUUGCAGAGGAAGUGGACCACCUUCCUCAAGGCCAGGAUGGUGUGUUCAGUCCCAGAGUACGAGCUCCACCUCAAUAUUCUACGCAGUGUGUUUGUACUGCAGGGACGAGACGCUCAAAGCAGUGUUUUUUACGGCAUCUUUGGCCUGGAAUGGAAGAAUAUCAAAGCAUCUGCUAUCUGCCAGUAUGCCUUCUCAGAUGUACAGAAGGUUUUUGAGGGGCCCUACAUGGAAGUGCAAGACUCAAAAUGGAGGGAAUAUACAGGGAAGGUCCCAGAACCAAGACCUGGAUCGUGUAUAACAGAUACGCACAGAUCUCAGGGCAUUAACUCGUCUCGAGACCUGCCGGACAAUGUCCUCACUUUUGCCAGAAGGCACCCACUGAUGGCCAGUCAGAUACAUCCAAUAGGUGUACGCCCACUCUUGUUCAAGAGGAGUGUCAACUAUGUCAAAAUAGCUGUGCACAAGGAACCAGCACUUGAUGGAAACAUUUAUACCGUUCUGUUUUUGGGAACUGAUGAUGGCUGGCUGCACAGAGCCGUAAACAUAGAUGGGGAAAUGCAUAUCAUCGAGGAGCUGCAACUGUUUGAUAAACCCCAGCCUAUAGAGAGCAUGGUCAUAUCCUCAGCACUGAGGAGUAUCUAUGUUGGGUCCUACUCUGGAGUUGUCCAACUACCACUGUCAGCCUGUCAUAGGUACACUUCAUGUUAUGACUGUGUAUUUGCCAGAGAUCCCUUCUGUGCGUGGGAUGGGAGGAAAUGUGUGGCGAUAUCUUCACGUGCAAGACGGUCAAACCUAACCCAGGAUAUCCUGAGGGGAGUCAGAGGCUGUAAGGACAAUUCAGGAAAUGUUGUCCAUCGGAGACGUUCUGUUUUGUCGGGCGAUGAUGUGCUACUUCAGUGUGAAUUACGCUCCAACCUGGCAACUCCACGCUGGACCCUAAAUGGCAAAGAGCUCCAGGGAUAUGGCCUGAAUUCAGGCUACCGCAUCGGCACAGAUGGCCUUCUCAUAAUUGGAGCUCGUGCCCAGCAGAGCGGGUCUUACCGCUGCUUUGCUGUUGAGAACUCCGUCUCAGUGCUGGUCUAUCUGUACACAGUUAGGGUGCACACAGACCCGUAUUUCCCAGUGGAGCCUACAGUUACAACUGAACCCACCACCAUUUCCAGUCCGACUGUUUUCUCUACUGUUACCCCCACUGAGCAGCCCCUUCCCUCACCUCCUGCUCCAGUCCCUCCAGGACCUGAGUACCAGACCUACAGGCACAUGGAGGCCGUGUACAUCUCCUUGGUGGCAGUUCUCGGAGGGCUCUGCCUGGUACUGACUGUAGUGCUGUUAUAUGUGAGCUUCUGCACCAGACAGGCUGCAAGAGACCGGAAGUAUUCCCAACAGGGGCUUCAAGUCCUGGGGGAAACUGAGAGGAAAAGGAGCUCCCAUUUUGAACUGAAGACCAUCUCAAGUCACUGCAACGGCCGUCACGGUCGUCGCUCCAUCUCUGUGCCGACGUUCGACGACCUGGGAGACAGCUUCCUCCAGAUAGUUUCAGGUGAUUGUGAGUUGUCACCGAGUAAAACACCUCCUCCGGCUCCUCCUCUCCCUAUGCCACCUCCGCUACCUAACAUGGAUUACGCUAACGGGCUGUCAGCCACGCUCCCCAGUGUCCUGCGGAAGAUGAACGGCAAUAGCUACGUGUUGCUUAGGCAAGCCGACGCUGAGGGCAUGUCACCGCUCUACCACUCCUUCACAGAGGAGCUGAACAGGAUCCUGGAAAAGAGGAAACACACACAGCUGGACCUCCAGCCUGAUGAGAGCUCCAUCUAAGGACCCCCAGCCAGUGUUUUUGUCACAGUUAUUUAUUUUUACCCUAGUGGUGAUCCAUAAUGGUGGGAGAAAACUGACUGUUGUAUCAAAAGCCGCUGUUGUUUACCCAGUGUCAGAGUACCUGCAGGUUGAGUCCUAACCUGAUGUGACAUGUGCAGCGUCCUGUGACUCCCAUGAUAAAUAGCCCUUGAAAACUGAAAACACUACCCACAUAACACAAUUCAUGAAGUGGAGAUGUGAAAAAUUUGGGCAUCUAUCAUUCUACCCAAUGCCAUAAGAACUAUGAAUAAGGAGUCCAAUGAUGCUACCUCAGCGUAGAUGUCCUGGAGGUUUUGGAAAGACACAGAGGUACAAAAUGGGACAUUUGUAAAAGACUACAAGUAUUUUUGAGACUAUUGAAGAACUCAUAAUAUUUUCAGUGCCGUAUCAUCAAAACUAAAAGUCCACCCAAAAUCUAUAGUUCAAGUAUUUUUUUGUGAGAUGGAAACAGUGCAUUAGGAUGAACUGGACAAAACAAUGAGGGUCAGUACAGGUGGUGGAAUGUAUAAAUAACAUUGUAACUCAAGUACAGCACAUUAGAUGAUAUUUUGAGGUACUUGUAUUUGAGUACUCCUUAUUUAUGCAACAUUAUACUUGUGCUCCACUACAUCUCAGAAGCAAAUGUAGUAUGCUUUAACCCACCACAUUUGCUUUAGUUUUUCAGAUUACAGUCAAUCAUCCCAUUUCUGUUUAGUGAAAUCAUGUAUCUCUGGAUGUUUGUGACAAACUGAAGCAUUUAGUGUUUCCUGUAUUAACAGUUCUUCUCUUUCUUUCUAAAUAAACUCCUCUUGAAUUAGCUGGAAAACAUCUGUAAAGGUGCAAACAUGGCUGUCAUAUAUGUUUUUCGACUUUUUUAGAGAUACCUGGUUCUCACAGGACAGUGAUGCGACAAUGAUCUUACAGAAUAUGAUGCAUUGCUGUAAAAUAAACCACUAAACAGAGUAUAAAUUAGUUCAAAUGAGCUCAACCUCCAUCUAUGGCAGUAAAAUACACCAUGCUUAAGAACACAGCAGUGAUAUGAAUAAAAAACAUCACAUAAAUAAAACACUAAUCAUUUUACUGCACAGUGACACAUUUUCUACUUUAAGUAUAUUUUGAUGAUAUACAGAAUGUGUAGUGGAGUACUUUCACACUGUAGUAUUAGUACCUUACUUAAGUAAAGGAUCUGAAUACUUCUUCCACCACUGGCUGAUUUUGAACAUACAGAUGGACAAGUGGAGAGAUUAGUUAUACCACAGAAGUGGUUGAGUGUUAAUUUAGCAUGUUUUGAUCCUUUAUUGGCUUUUUAAUUUUUUUAAUCAUACCAACAGGUAUCCACUAUGAUAUUUAUCAGACAUAGAUAGAUAGAUGCAAUAGGCUUGCAGCUAUUCUGUACAAAAGAGCAAGACACAAAUGUUUUGUCGAGCACACACAUGUAUGUCAUACACAAAAGAUAGAUUUUGAGUGGACUGUUAAGAUGCUAGUUUUAUUACACAGGUGGUACAGUAAGACAAAUCAUACAUUUCAGUAUAUUUAAAUUCCUCUUUUCUUCCUUUACUGUUUUUUAAAUGUAAAUAGCAAUAAAAACAUCACAGUUGCAGCUGUUAGUAGCAAUGUGUUGUGCCAGUGCCGAUGGAAAUACCCGUAGCAACUCAAAACAUUAGGUUUAUUGCCCUGCGUAUUUCUGUUUUUAGCAUUUGUGUGAGCAGCAGUAUGAAAAGCUUCUCGGUUCAGUGGAGGAGGCUAAUGAAGAUCUUUAAAGGAGCUGUCAGUUUGUGGUCAGAUUGAUUGAAUUCACUGAAGACCACAUACUGAGCUCAGGAGGCUGAGAGUAAACCGCAACACACGGAAAAACAGUGUGUGAAACUAAGGAAAAUGCAUAUUUGCUGUUUUAUAUUUAUACACCUAAAUGUGCUUCUACUUUGUCUUUGCCAGACUGAAGCUCAGACCUAUUUUGGGAGAUCACGCAUUACAGUCUUGCAUUUUGGGGAGACAAUGCAGUCUGUUCCUAUAUCACUUAAAGAACCUGUCUCUUUGAAGGAAACAUAAGAGCUUUAAUGCUUCAAGGGGAGAACAUGGAUUUGUUUAAGUUCCUAUUCAUUAAGACAGACUACACAAUUUUAAGUUUGUUUGGUCUUUACUGUAAAAAUGUAAGUGGAAUCAGAAUAGAGAGGACUUUCAGAGUUAAAAACCUGCAUCAUGUUACCCAGCAUCCUAUCCUUUGUGUUUAUGUGACAUUAGUGCAUUGCUAAAACAACAAGAACUGCAAAGCCUACAGUAUUUCCUUGGCAAGGUUACCAGUGCUAUGAUUAAAUUGUUCAUGUAUAACUUAGAUGGAAGUGACAGAAAUUAAUCUCUGAGUACUUUGUAAACGUGUCACGACCAGUAGUAAAUAAAGUCUGUCUUCAUAGCAAAGUGUUGAAUCAGCUCUUGUAGCAGCGGCUCAGCAGCAGACCUCUCUGGUGACUUGCAGCAUGCAUCUGUCAGACUGUCGCUGACAGUAACAGCAGCUCUUGGCUUUCCUCCACUGGGCUUCUUGUCUGUUUGCAUAGAGCACUGUCAUCUCUGUAGGUAGAACUAGACAGAAAACAGUUGACCUAUGUGUCCUGGUUAGCUAUGCUGGGAACAAAUGAUGAUACAACAGGACAGUGUCGGCAAGAGCUACUUUGCAGGUUUUCAGCUUUCUUGCUCAUCUUCAUCCCUUCUCACUCUGUCUCCUCUGCUGCCUCCUUUCUUUCCCUGUCUCAUCACCUCUGCAUGAGGGAAUCAUCUAUUACUCUCAACAUUCACAUUCACCCUCUGUCUCAAGGACCCUGCUGAGUUUACAAAUGGCCGUGGCAGCAUUUAAUCAGAGUCUGGGUCUGGUAAAGGUCUGGAGACACAAAGGGGCUUCUUUACAAAGAUAAAUAAUACUCUCAGAUUUACUAGUGGUGUUAUGUUUUAGUUUCUUACAAUUUCUCUGACAUAUACUGUAAAUGUGAGACGUAUUCACAUUAGAUGCAGCACUAUCAGGAAUCAGAAAGGGUGAUGCGUUUCUGAUUAGUGAUACUGUGAUGUGAAUUUUGUAGCUGCACCUGACAAGUACUUUUAGUAAUGACUUACCUGCCAGUAUCUGCUGUUAUUUUAGAAUUAGGUGAUUCCUCAUACAAACCCCUAAUCAGAAAAAGUUGGGAUAGAAAGGAAAAUUCACAUCAAACAAAUGAUGGUGACUUCCAAAUGUCCUUGGACUUGUUUUUCAUUUGAUAUUGUAUGAAGACAAGAUAUUUAAUGUUUUGUCUGGCCAACCUCAUUUAAUUUAUAAAUGGAAAUCAUUCUUGUCAUUCAGGGUUGCAAAUACAUUCCAAAAAAUGUGGGGAUGGGGUAAGUUAGAACUAGAAAUGGGUAAAAAAAAACAAUAGCAACAUGAGUAGAAAGUUGUUGAUGAGGAUCAAGUGAUUUGGUACAAAAGCGGAAAAGCUUCAUCUUUCUGGAAUAAAGAUGAGCUGAUUAUCAAGUGAAAACCAUUGAAGGUUGAAUGAGGUUUAUAUACACUCUCAACUUUUUCUGAUUCAGGGUUGUAAAAAUGCCAGAAAGUAAGGUAAUUGUGUGGUUAGAUUAAUUUUGCAGGUUCAACUAUGUUAAAUAAUGACUCCGUUCAACACACUGUUACUUUUACAUGUAUUAUAUUAAAUCUCCCAUCAUCAAGUUUCUUCAUUUUCUUGGCGAUGACAACUUUUAAGGACAAUCCUUGAAAUGCUGAAAGCUUCGUAUUGAGUCAGUGACCACUGCUGCUGCUGCUUCAUCGUCCCUGAAGGACAAUCUGUUUACAAUAUACACUGAAACUGCACUGUCAUAUAAACUGUACUACAGGCUGUAGAUAAAAAUAGCUAGCCAACUGGCUACCAGCAAAGCAUUUAUCCUUUCACUUCAGUAUGACUCAUUUGUUUAGAUGUUGGCCAAAGAAACUAGUGUUAGUAGAAGAUCACAGUUUGCACUGCUGUCACUGGAGUAAAAUUUAUGUAAUAUACUUUUGUAAUCACUUCCUUUCUUGUUGGUUCUGUUGACUUUCAUAUGUAGAUAUUGGACUCCCUGAUGUGGUCUUAUUGUUUGAAGUGUAAUCAUGCAUCUUUUAUCCACUUGAACUUUUGAUUGAUAAAAGGAUUUUAUAUUCAUUGCUAUUACCCAUACAUAAAUAUAAUAUGCCAUAUGUACAUAUAUUGACUUCCUACGACACAUUAAGUGAAAACAACCAUGUGGACAUAAAAUACAUGAGUGACACCUAUUUGAAAUCAGAACAAUUUCAUAUAUUUACAUACAUGUCUAGCCAAUACAAAAUCUAUUUUAAUAUACUUUCCUAUGGCUGUUUCAUAAAUGUAAAGCUUCACAUAAGCCAGAAGGAUGUAUGUGAUAAUAAUACAUCUCUGUAUUAGUAAUAUACUGUAUAUGGAAACAUCGUUCUUGAUACGGGGCAUAAUGUCAUAUAUUACAUUUCCAUAUGGGUAUUUCCACUGCUUUUGUGCAGAUAAAAACAACUUUACAUUAUAUUAAGCUUAGAGAAUAAACAGUCAGAGUGAACACCCCUGAGGGGAGGUCAAGAAAUGACAUGCAAAACAUGUUCACAACAAAUCCUACUCUCAAGACGCUACUCUGUGAUGCGCUGCUGUUUUUAGCUUGUGGCAAUCAACAAGGCCACUGCCCCCCCUUGGGAAAAGAUCCCUCAGGAUCACAUAUUAAUUUACAUGCAUAUACAGCAUUAGUGUCACAGAGCUGAGAUAUAACACAAGUUCAUUGUGGUGAAGGGGGCAAAAAAGAUUUCCAGAGCAAGGCAGUAACUUAGCAACAGCAUCUUUAUUUAGAGCCUUUAUGUCCUAGUAUGGGUCAAGCUGUGCCACUUCCUACUGGAGAUGGUAUUAUUGCUCUGAUAUCCUGUACAGUAAAGGCAGGAAGUAGGCACGAAACAACAAAGCCACUUCCGAAACAUGACAACUCGAAGUCACAAAGCUCAGUUGGAUAGGCAGUGAAAACCAGAAAUACAGUAUGUACAGUGUAUGUCUGAAGGCAAUUUAGAUGCAACUCAUCCUCUCUCUCUUUAAGUACAGAUCUUUGGGAGUGAGUGAAACCAUCAGCAGCAUUGCACUGCAGCAAAUUAACUUUACUGUCUCUCACUCAUCACCAUCUGCAGUCAUCUCACGCUGCUAUUCAAUGUAAUGUUCAGAUAGCCUAACCAUUUCCUGCAUCCAGAAUAAUACACCAGUGGACCACUAUCCAUCAAUCACUUGGAAGUAGCAAUCUGUCCUACGGCACCUUUCACUUUCCUGCAUGAUUUGUAUUCCUUUCGCGCCUAGCUUUUGGCCAUAUAGUCUUUCACACUGAGGUCAUGCAGGGUCAGCCGGAAAACUUUGUGUAGUCAAAAAUGAUGAAUUCAUUGGGGAGAACUGCAAAGAAAGCUGAGUUGUUUUGCUAACAUUCAUCUUUUUAAAUCUGAACAAAUCACCUGCUGGAGAGAACAUUUUCUUUUAGUUGCACAGCCACCACAGAGGACAACUGUGUGCCCAAGGUUAAGAGUUGUCCCUCAAGCUAUCAUCCAGCCAUCUGUCAUGUCCAUUUAGACUCUGGAGCAUUUAAGUUGUGCAGUGAAAAAAGCCUUCAAACCUCAUCAGUAUUAAACUGUAAAAACAUGCUCAUUCCCUUGUGUCAUGCAAAUAAAACAGAAGUACA